AGUAAUUUGGAAGGUGUGAGUAGAAGGUCAAAGGAAGGAAAAAGGAAAGGACGGUUCGCGGUCUGUUCUGUUCUCUCUCGUCUGUGUGUAGCUGUGUAGCACAAACUCAACUCUCUCUCGAUCACAAAUCUUCACUCACUCGUCAGACUCUUAGAGAGGGGGAGAUGCUUGAAAACCUUCACCCUGCUCCACCAUCGGAAUCGGUCAAGCGAUAUGCUCCUCCCAAUCAGAGGAAUCGUUCUACCAACAGGCGCAAAUCAUCUGAUCGUCUCGAUCGGACAAAUAGUAUUGGGAAUGAUUUAGAAAAGAACCAAUUUGCUUCUUCAAGAAAUGUUCAAGUUCAAGAUCGCAUAGAUGCUGUGAGCAGUAAUCUUGUUAAUGAGAAUCCUUAUUCAAGAUUCGUAGCUUUAGAUGGAUGUAGUUGCAGUGCAGCUUCUCAGCUUCUUAAUGAUCGUUGGACAGCUGCAAUACAGUCCUACAAUAACUCCAAAGAUUCACCUGAAAAGCCAGUUAUGUAUUCGGGUGGGACAUCAGUGUGGACUCAUUUCAGACUCCCUCAUCAGAUUAUGUCCCCAGCUGCAAGUGCACCCCCUUCUGUGUCACAGCUAGACUUCCUGGGAGAACUUAAUCGCCAAAUGCAAAGUGUUAAUCCUAGUUUCAGCACAUAAUGGCUGACAUGACAUGGAUUACUUAAUAAAGUUAUUGUCUGAAUCUGGAUUUGCUGAGAGCUUUAAGAACACUAAGAUGCUCAGCUACCUGUUGUUUGUGACUUUAUGAUGUUAUAUCAAACUCGUAGUAUAUGUAACUUAAAAUCGGAGUUCGAGACCGCGCUUGUGCUCUGUAUGUGCCUGGGUUGUCAUUUACUCGGGAUUCAUCUUUAUAGAUUUACUGUGCCCGACAGUCUUAGUUUUCAUAGUUUAGAGGCAUGGUGUGACUUUUGUUUGUCUUGUUGUAGUUCAAGUUUGUAGAUUUUCUCA